AUGUCGAAGGUAAUGCGAAGCGUCAAAAAUGUGACCAAGGGCUACUCCAGUGUCCAGGUCAAGGUCCGCGAAGCGACGAGUAACGACCCAUGGGGCCCAACGGGAACCCAGAUGAGCGAAAUCGCCCAGCUGACCUACAACUCGUCUACCGAAUUCUACGAGAUUAUGGACAUGCUCGACAAGCGGUUGAACGACAAGGGCAAGAACUGGAGGCACGUCUUGAAAGCGCUGAAGGUCCUCGACUACUGCUUGCAUGAGGGUUCCGAGCUCGUUGUUACUUGGGGAAAACAGAAUGUCUACAUUAUCAAAACACUCCGCGAGUUCAUAUAUAUUGACGAGGAGGGUAGAGAUGUUGGCCAGAACGUUCGAGUUGCUGCGAAAGAGCUGACCACCCUCCUCCUGGAUGAGGAGCGCUUGCGCGCAGAGCGCAGUGAUCGUAGAACCUGGAAGUCGCGCGUGACCGGACUCGAAGAGUUUGCGCCUUCGCACCACGAGCCACAACCAAGACGUCAACACCGAGAGAGGCAUGCCGAUGAGGAUGAUGCAGAGUACAGGCUGGCUAUCGAGGCCAGCAAAUACCAGGAGGAGGAGGAUCGCAGGAAACGUGAGAGUCGACAGGGCGGUAACGACGACGACGAUGACCUGGCCAAGGCGAUCAAGCUUAGCAAGGAAGAGGAGGAGCUCCGGCGGCGAGAGCUGGAGGAGAGCAAUGCAAGCUCUCUAUUCGACGACACACCUGCGCAGACAUCGCAGCCACAGCCGACUGGCUUCAACCAGGGCUACCAGCAGGGAAGCGGAGUCGACUUCUUCGGCAACCCGAUCGACCAGAGCCAGAUGCAGACUCAACCUACCGGAUACAUGCAACAAAACCCGUAUGCUGGUUUCCAGACUCAACCAACGGGUUACCAGAAUGGAUAUUCAAAUGGAUUCGGACAGCAGCAGCCCACUGGGUUCGACCCCUACGGUCAACAGGCCAUGCAGCAGGCUUUCCAGCCACAGCCCACUGGCUACAACCCUUAUGCACAGCAGAUGCAAUCCCCUCAGGUCCAGUCACCCCAACCUAUUGAAUCACCUGUGCAAGCUGGUAGCAACAACCCCUGGGCUUCCAACCAACAGGCUCAGGCUAUCCGGCCGAUGCAGACGGGCUCCAACAACCCAUUCGCGCAGCAACAAGCCUUCUCGCGGCCACAGGCUUUCAAGGCGCCAUCUAUGCCUGCACUCAGCUCCCUACCCGAGCAGAAGACACUUUCGACGUUCAACCAAGUGCAGCCUCAGCAGACGUCAUUCACCCCACCGCCACAACAGCCACAGAGGGAGUUGAGUGAGCAUGAGCAGAGACUGAACGCUCUGCUCGCAGGUGGCGAUGGCAUGGAUACCUUUGGCAACACUGGCCAGCUUCGAAUACCGGCGCAGCACACUGCACCAGGAACAUUCGUCAACAGUGCUGGUGCUGGUGUAAACCGGCUCACGGCUGACGCUACUGGUAACAAUCCGUUCCUCCGACAGCAAUUCACGGGGAUGCCUACCGUCUCAUACGGAGGCAACCAGAUGCCGGCUGCAACCGGGCCAGCCGGUAUGAACGGUUUUGGGGCACAGGGGACGAAUAACCCCUUUGGUCGGCAACAGCAGCAGACGAACCAGGGUGAUUUGAUUCAGUUCUAG